GGGAAGUCCGUGGAGUUCGAGGGGAAAUUCUGCACACGGUUGGCCAUUUUGUUAAAGGAAUCUGAUGAGGAGAAGUGAGAUCCGCUCAGCUCGGAAUCUUCUCACGUUAGCACGAAGAUAAUUAGAAUCGAAAGCAGAAUGUUGGAGUGAAUGAAGGUCUGAGGAAUUCAGAAAGAAAUCACAAAUCCGAUCUUCUACGGUGUAAAAGCUCCGGGACAGGAUGAGGGCGAGGUUGAGCUUCGUGCUGCCGUUAUGUGCGUCUCUGAUCACCACAGUGUGUGCUGUUCCUCUUCCCACUGUCACUAAUAUCAGUUUGUCGUGCCACAAUCUGAAGAAUGUGUUAAGCUGGAAAUACAACGAACCUGAUCAUCCUGAAUUCAUCAUCAACAUCCAAAAUUAUGGAAAUGGAUUAACAACAGUUCGCACCAACGCCACCUUCCUGGAUAUCACCGAAUACACACAAGGUGCAGAAAACAGUUUCUACGUAACAGUGGAAGCUGAAGGAUCGGAACAAAACGCUUCAUCUCAAGGCAUUUCGUUCAGCUACAACGAAGACGCGCCAACUGACAUCACUUGUGUGGUGGACUUCCCGGCGUUAGAAGUUUCCGUUCUUCCACACAAAGUCAUACUCUCCUUCAGACAUCCCUCCAACGUCCAUGAAGAUGAAUCUUUCAAUGACGAUUUUCAGUACACUAUUUCUUAUAACGGGACAGAGAAAACGUGUACUUGUAUGGUGGAAGAAGAAGAAGAAGAAGAAGAAUGCACUGAAGAGUUACACCUAUACGAAAGUCUUAAUGGGAGGUGCAUUAAUCUACUCAUCAAAGGAACUAUUAAUAGCAUUCCAAUGGAAAUUUCCAGAAAGGUGUGCGGCGAUAAAGCUGUUUAUACGGACUGGGUGUUGCUUUUAACCAUUCUGAUAUGCUGCCUGGUUGGAUUUCUGCUCUUAAUGCUGUUGGUAUUCCUGGUUUACAAGAAACUCACUCAGCCUGACUCAGAAAUCACCAUCUUCACCAAACUCCUGAGAAUUGUGAACUCCGAUCACAUCGUCAACGAGCCCGAGGAGCCUACGAUGUCCAAGGUGACGACUCUAAUCCAGGCCGCGCCCUUGGAUUUCACCGAUGAGCCUUCUUCAGACCCGUCCUUCACUCCGCUUGAAGAAAAACCCCUCGUCACUUCAUACCCCCCCACUCACAUAUCCACCCACUUCAACGACGACGUCAAUUUAACCGAAGAGCAGGACCAGGGAGAGAUGACGGAUGAUGCAGAUUCUGUAGGCUUUGGCAGCGGGAACAGCUUCUCGGGUUACGACAGCUGCAAGUUCCCCAUCGAUAUGGGACAGGGAGACAUAGUCGACGCCUACGGACCACGUAACCUACGUUAGCUCUCAAGCGUGCACUCUGGAAAGGUUUCAAGAGGUGGACAAGCGUCAAGAAAUUCAGGACUAGGAUUUGACCUGCAACGUUUACAAGAGCACAAGAAUAGAGCGUGUUGGUGUAUUAUAUUGGACCUUUACAGAUCUGGCCUCCUUUAAAGACUUGCAAAGCAUAAUACAAAAAAAAAAUGUUCCCUCUUACAGAAGACAAACCAGUCAAAUUAAGAAAAACAUUGGCAUCUCAUACAUUAAAUGAAAUCAUCUGAAUGCUCCGCCUACAGUCUUGCAAGCAGAGUGGGUUUAUGAUCAUUUUUUUUUAUUUCACUCGCAAACCCUAGAAAUGAAAAGUGGUUUCUGCGAGGCCAAAGUGCAGUGUGAUACGGCAUGGCAUGCAAGUGCAAGUGGACAACAGGAGAAUAAAUACACACUCUAGUGUUUACUGUAGCUGCAAUGAAUUUAAAAAUGUUCUAUAAUAAUAAUGAAAAAAAAAAUGCUGCAUGGAUGCACUGCGCCCUCUAUCUUCAGCUUGCGGUAGUAGCAUUUCUGCCAUGUUUCAGGGAAUGACUUAAUAGAAGACACUGAGGAAUAAGGAACGUUUAUUGGCUUCUAAGCACCUUGACAAAGUUUCCUGAUUUUUCUGCCAAACGCCAUUAGCUGGAAACGGUCUUUAUCCGGCAAAGAGUAUCCAACAAUGUGAGCAAUUUCUUUCCGGCUUUUCUGCCUUCUUGAUUUUAGAAGAAAAGCUAAAACGAAGCACCGAGCGAUCGGUUUUAUUGCUGUUGUGUAAAAUGCAAUAAAGACCAUUGUUCGGGUUUUCAGUUUAGUUUUUUUUUUUCUCUUCCUGUAAAGAAAUCAUCGAUGGACAAUUAUUUCUGUCUUUUUUAAUUUUUUGUACAUUUUAUAUUAACUUUAAACUAGAGUGUGAAAAUUACCAAAAAAAUUGCCAAGUAAAUUACAGAGCGAGUUACAUCAAUUCGAUGUGAAGUCUUGAAUUCUGACAAUGCGCAGAAUGUGAAGAUGUUGGUAAUGAUGUUGUUGGCCGAAAUGCGGGUAAAGAACUUCAGACGUUAAAAAAAAAAAACCCUGGCUUUGCUAUAUGCAAAAAAAAAAUUCAUGAGAUUUCGUUCCGGCACGAUUAUCGUCUGUUAUUUGUUUUAGCACUUAAACUUUUUUUUCCUCCCCGGAUUGUGAAUAGCAACAAUCAGUGUGCUUGGGGUUUUACUUUAACAGUAGCCGGACCAAAUCAGUGUCUUUAAAGCAUUAAAACUGUAACACUCUCCGUGCGGAAUGCAAUCAUUACUCAUCAUUGUAGAUUCAAAUAAUACCAUCACUUCAGCUUAGCAUAUUGCCUUCGCAGUAUUUACAGGUUUCUAUGUACACUUUAAGCAAAAAAUCAAUAUACUCAGUCUAUGUACACUUAAAGGAAAAACUUCAGCUGCAUGCUUUACAGAAAUUAUAACAUUUCAUUGUGGUCUGUCAUUUGUUUAUGUGCUGGGAAAAAAACCCAGCAUCAUAUAACCAUGUAAUUUUUGUGUGUUUGAUUUGACAAAGUCAAAAUAAACAUUCCUUUUUAAGGUUUUAUUUAACAGA